AUUUUCUGACUUGUUGGCUUGGCUGGUUUAUUGUAGGUGUGGAUAUUAGCAUGAAUACACAUUUGAAAACAGUGAAACUGACGCUAAAGGGGAAAAAUCCAGUAAAUUUUGAUCACCUAAGCGUAAGGGGAAACAACAUCCGCUAUUAUAUUCUACCCGACAGUUUAAAUCUCGAGACUUUGCUGGUGGAAGAGACACCCAGGGUCAAGCCCAAAAAGCCAACCGCAGGGAAGCCUUUGGGACGUGGCCGGGGUCGGGGUCGUGGACGUGGCCGGGGACGUGGCCGCUAAUCUUGUUAUGCUGGUUUUAUUUUUUUCCCACACCAUAUAAAAACCUUAUUUUGUAGGGACUGUUUAUUAAUUGAUUUUAAGGUGCAAAAGACUGAUAUUACAACAGACUCUUUUAUUUUUACUGUUUCUGAGGUUAUUUGUUUGGCCCUGACAUAGAAGUUGUCUUCUUUCUUAGGACUGCUACAAGUUUUUCUUUGUAGGCUAUUUUGGAUAAUUGAAUUAUGCGCUUUUUAUAACUUGAUGAUCC